CGCCUUCAUUCGGUGAUCUUUCUUCUUGACAACUUCCCUUCGACAUACCUCACUGCAGUUAUUUUCCUUACCACACUGAAUUCAACUCAUGGACGACGAGGUACUAGAUUGGGAUGACGGAGAAGACCAAGCUCCUGCUGCCUCAGGGCCUAUCGACGACGCGGAUGGUGUUUCUUUAGGGUCUGAUUCUGGAGAUGAGAACGAAAAUGCAGCGCCUUUUGUUGAGGAAGGCUCUGCUCCCAGCCGUAUUACUUCCCCUCCCAUACAGGAAGCGAACACUGCCUCAAGACCUGCUUCACCCAACUCUUUGACUUCUUUGCAGCGCAAAGACUCUUAUAGCUCAUCGAGAACAACGAAACCCAUGCAUACCGUUCUCGUAGACUCUCCAAAAAACCAACACCGCUCACAGCGUUCCAAAUCAAAGCCUCUUUCUUCCGCACAGAUGAUGCUACAUGGCUUGCCACCCAAACCCGUUACUUCUGCUGUUUCAUUUUUGCCCUCGUCUCAGUCGUCUUUGACCGAAGCGACUGCGAUGGUGGCGAGAGAGACUGCCAAAGGUAAAAGCGGAGGUGGCAGCAACAAAAAUACCGUUGCAAAGCCGGUUUACAAGGACGAAAUUGACUCUUUGCCGCCGAAUUGGGAAAUACGCCACCCGCGAAGUGGCGGAAAACAGGUCUAUUACUAUAACAAUCGAACUCACGAAUCGACCUGGAUCCAUCCCUCUACUGUCCAAUCUUCUCGCGGACCUCCUAGUGAUUCAGCGUAUCUAUCUCAAGACAGCCCUUCUCUCGAGGACAGUGACCGUUAUGCCCCUCCAGGUCCUGCUACGAGCCAUCGUCGUAGCCCAAGCAGGGACCCUUCUCCUUUUGCUAUCCGUCGCCCUCGUUCUAUUUCACCCGAACGUGGCAGAGUGUCUGGGAGGCGUGGCCGUCCGGUCCAGCCUACCUCCGCGAAGGAAUCCCAUAUUGCUAACAGAGACAGGGAUACCAUUCAAAAUGUUAGUUCUGACCGUCGCUGGUCUCCCCCUUCACCUCAGGAUUUCGAAGGCUCGAAGUCCCGCCCUCGUCAACGUCAGCGAAUGCAAGAACACCCUAAUGAAGCACAAUCGAAUGAUUCUCGCUCUCAAGAUGAACAACCUACUUAUAGGACUUCCGCGCCUAACAGGUGGGGUGCCCGGGAAGACAGCGUGCAAGAUCUGCAUGAACCAACAAACCAUAACACCAUUCACAAAAAAGACUAUUUGUCUUAUAUUCUGGACAUGUUACGUCGCAGAUAUCUUCUUGGUUUCGGCUCCAGCUUUCCUCCUACUUCUCUUUGAUCAACUCAAGGACGCUCAUCAUGGACUUCUUUUUUUUCCCCAUUGCCCUGCCUGUUUCGCAUGUAACACCUAUUCUCUCCAUUCCAUGUAUCCUUUCUUGUCUCUUUAGGACACAGGUCACCACCACCCAUCCGCGA